UCGCGGGAAUUAGUUUGUCAGAUGUCAAUAGCGUACCAAUGUGCAGCUGAUAAUUCCUGUAUUGUUAUAUUCAGUUUGUGAUAGUUUAGUAGGCAAAGUGUACUCUUAAACAGUCUGUGAACAAUUCGUUUUACAACCAAAUCAAUAUGUUUGGAGGGAAAGGUUUUGACAGCAGUAUGUCGGGUGGCGGAGGUUUCAUGAACACGACUGCGCAGUUUGGUACUCCAGAUGGUCAGCAGGACAAGAAGGGUCCCAAGAGGAUGCAGAACAUAGUUCCAGUGACCAUCCGUCAGCUACUGGAGAGCUCAGACGAUGACCACCUAAGGCUGGCUUCCAAGUACGUUCACAUGGUGACGUUGGUGGGAGUGGUGCGCUCCGUCAGCUCGGACUCCAUGAAGGUGACGUACAUGCUGGAUGACGACACUGGGACCAUCAGUGUGCACAACUGGAUAGACACUGAUGGGGGCACUCAAGACAGCAGUCCGCGAGUGGAGGAGAACUGCUACUACCGCGUGUUCGGCACGCUCCGCACCCAGUCCGGCCAGCGCCACGUCACUUUGUUCAAGAUCCUGCCCAUCACCGACCUCAACGAGCUCACCACUCACCUGCUCGAGGUCAUCAACUGCAGCCUGCAGGCUGAGCAGAUGGAGAGGAAUGCCCCGGCCAUGGAGGUGGACAGCGCGGAAGGGGACGUGCACAUGGCCAACUCCCUGAUGCACUCCAACAUGGGCGACGACAUGGCGACGGGGGGCUCCAUCGACGGCCUCACCAGCAAGCAGCGCGCCGUCUACAGCGUCAUCAAGAAAAACAGUCACAACGAUUGUGGUGUUGAGUGUAACCAGAUAAUGAGGGAUUCUCCAGUGAAAAUGUCUACUAUAGAACUCAAGAAUAUACUCAGCUUCUUGAUCACAGAGGGGCACAUUUAUUCAACUAUCGAUGACGAUCACUACAAGGCAACGGAUACGUAAAUGUCUUUACGAAGCUGUUAACAUCCCCACCUCUUGGCUGCGACUCCUCAGAACAAUGUUUCAAAACCAUUUUGUUGGUGUAAAUUAUUUUGUAUGUCUUAAAUAAGUUGUAUUGUGAUGAAAAUGUUUGCAACUGUAUGGGUACAUAAAUUUGCAGAAUAUUUUCCUCUGUAAUGUUUUAUUGCUUCAUAGCUGUCAUAACAUUUUAUAUUGAAAUGUUUUCUUAAAAUAUUUGAGUACAACUUUUUUUUUAUCCUUUGUAAGGCAUGUGGCCAGUAAAAAUAACUCAUAAAUUAAA